UUUACCUUUAAAUUGUCAAUGUAACGAAAAUCAGCAGCCAUUCAGUAAAGCCUAAUACAGUCAUGACAAGUAUUAUCAAAUGAAAACUCUAUACAUGACAGAACUUCUUUGCAUUGAAUGACAUUUUCUUGUGCCAUUUUCCCCACUAGUGUCCCGUUUUGGGUACUGACUACUGUCCCGAUUUGGUAGUCAAGCCGGAAAAAUGAGUUUUUGGCAGUACGGGGAUCCUGACUCUCGGAUAUUUAACGGACCAAAAGCAACAUAGCUAAUUUUGUUCACUUUUUAACAAAUCGUUUUAAAAUAUUGAUACGAUUGUUAUCACUCGUGUAACGGAUUGACUAAGUACCUUCCCCACGAAUGUCUGUCCGUAACAUAUGCGGGCCAUAUGAUGUCAAUCACCGUGCUGUUUUUUUUAGCCCAGGUAAAUUGUAACGAAUUUUAAUCGAUUAAACGAAUGUAGGCUACCUGUUCUUCUACAUUAUUGAUACAAGGGGGAACAAAAUCGAUAUAUUUACAGACAAUACACAAAGCAUAUAAGUAGACCGCUCUACCUCUAGAUAUAGAUGCCUGUUCUUAUCGAUUUCCUCGCCUGCCGUUUCUAUAGCGACACGUACGCUACCGCCAGGUGGCAGCAGGUUAUUUGGCUGUGGAAGCUGAGAUAGAUGUAAACAACAUGGCGGCGUUUUCACGUUCUGGAGCAGAGCAAGAAGUAAGACAGCGCUUAAUUCCAGAAAAUGAGCCAGAAUAUGACCAGAGUUUACCAUACGGCGGUAAAGUGUACCUGGCCCGCAAAAAGAAGGCCGAUCCAUGGCACAUUCGGAUUGCAGAGGCUUUGAUCAUCAUUUUGACCCUUUCCUUUGCCAUUUAUGCAUAUUACUACUUUGACCACCUCCAUUUCCAUGUCACAUAUGCAUAUGGUUACCUUGGUUACCCCCAGGCCCAGCACCAGGUGGGACAGCGGUAUCUACACGGAAAAGGAGUGGAAAAACACCAUCAGAAAGCAGUGGAAUGGUUCAGAAAAGCGUCAGACCAGGGACAUCCUCAUGCAGCGUACAAUCUUGCUGUGGCACAUCUCAAGGGAUACAAAACUGACCUGAAACCAGGGGAGGCCCACCAGUUGAUAUCCCAUGCUGCAUCCAAAGGUGUUAAGGAGGCCCACCAAGUACUGCAUGAAGUUUGCAGCCGCGGGGGCUGCCAGUAGUCAAACAGGAUCUGUUCCCAUGACAACAAGGUCAUCACUGCAGUAACACAUGCACUUGUCCAGUAUUUAAUAGAUGAAGAUUUUUUGAUUAAUCUUAUAUUUUUACAUAUCUGCUGAAAUAAUUUAUGUAAUAUAAAAACCAUUUAUGCUGAAAAAUUUAUGUUAAAAACGAAUUAUGUUCAAAAUUGAAUUGAAGUACUAUGUGAGCUGUUCAUAUUCGCCAUAAAGAAAUUUAUUAGAUUUUUUUUUCUCAAAAAAAGUAUUGAUGUUGAAAAUUUCAAAAAUUGUGCAGAAAUGAAAAUGGGAAAAAAGUGUGAUUGUAACUUUUGGUUCUAACAUUGCUACUUUUCGAAAAUUUGUUCAUUAGGAUAUGAGUGAUUUAUACAAUUUUGUAAAGGAAAAUUAUCUUUUUCCUGAUAUAAGUAUAUUACCCUUUUUAUAAUGGCUCUAAGAAUUAUUUUAAAACUAUGCAUAUUGCACCGACGAAGGAUUAUUUGAUUAUUCCUAAGCUGAAUCCGUCCUCACCUACAGAAUAUUGAAUGUUACGAGUAGCUGUAGAUUAUUUGUUGUUGAGGUAUAAACAUGUAAUAUAGAAAUGACUAAUUUUGAUGUUCUUGAUAAUAUUUAUUUUCUUAUGCUACCUAUUCCAUUUGGUUUUUUGCUAAGUUUUAUGUUUUAAUUAGA